GCAAGGUCCCUUGGUUAUGGCAUUUUCAAGUCUUCAGUCAUGUGCCUUUCAGUAUGGUCCAGGCUCAAGAAAGGCACACUCUUUCUUGAAAUUCAAUCUUCAUUACUUCUAUCUUCAUCAUUUUAGGUUAUGAUGUUUUAGUAAGGACAGAUAAGGCUUAAGUCAUUAUUGUUGAUAGAUUUGGUUUGCUUAUUCUAGUUUCAUGGGCUGAUGCUUGACUAUUGAAACGUGAUACUGGCUUGAUUCUUGCUGUUUAUGUAAAGUAAUGACUAGCUUUCUAUUGUUGCAGUGGACUGAUAUUCGACUAAGGUGAUACAUAACGACAAUUAUAGGUACAUAUGACAAUUAUAGAUGGAAAUGCUGGGGGUAGGGGAAUAUCUAACUAACAUGGGAUGCUGUGGUAAAAAGGAUAUUAAUUUGUGGAAUCUAUGUGGCAUUUAACUCUCGACAGAGCAUAAUCAGAAAAAUGGAUUCAUGUGGCCCAACCCAAUUGAUUGGGACACAGGCUUGGUUUGGUUUAGUUUAGACAUAGUUUCCUCUUCAGAUUAGUUAGACAGUUUCCUCUUUGGUUCAUAUGUUCAAAAGUUCAAAUUCCCGAAUCUGCAUUAAUAUUGCUUUAAGCUGCAUAUUAAUCACCAUAUAUGCCCAUCAUACACACGACUUACUUCUCUUAAGUCGAUCUUGAUGAUGUUUCUUUUAUUUAAGUUGAGGAUCCCUUGGUACUUUAAUGUGCCUUGAGUGGACUGGAGAAAUUGGGUAUGUGCAUUACAUAGUUAAACUUUCACAAUCAAAAGCGGGAAACUACUUGCAUUGUUCUUUGAAUUGCCUUCUCAAACAAAGAGCCCAACUUUUGUGCCUUUCCUGAGACUCAAAACCUUUCUGCUCUGGCUCACUUAUUUGCUGGUCAUGAAAGUUCCGCUUUGUGGGGAAACUUGUACUCCACAAUAGGAAAGGAUUUCACUACUCCUAAUGAAAAAUUCCUGUGGUGAUGUAAUCUGCCCUGUAAUCUAUUAACUCUUCCCCAGGUGGGUGGUGCACGAACUUGCACUGGUAUUAAUGUGCACGCUAUCGUAGGAGCAUAUUAUGAGGAUAGACAUUAAAUUUUGUGCAACUCACUGGGAUUUUAACUUGUGUACAUUUAAUGUUGCCCCUAUCUCGUUUGUACCGAUAUUGAUACAGACAGUUUGGAACAGAAAUAUCGUAAUAUUUAUGUAGCUUCCUUGGAAUAGGAUUCUCAUUCCUUAGAAUGUUGUGUGGAUAAUGGGUCAAAGUGAAAAACAUGAAAAACAUCUAUCGAUAAACUGCCAGAGCUGUUUGUUCAGUAGUGAUGGUCAUUUUGACUUCGUGGCCCAUCCAUUUGGCAGGAUUAGCAAGAAGAUGGAUCUUGUCCGACUAUCCUUGACCUUUUAAUGAACGUGAUCAUUGCUUCUUCUCAUUCUUUCGUGGUCUGUCUCCUGUCGUCGAUCUUUUUGACAAGUAUACAUAAUCAAAAUUAAAUGUUUUUGAGCCAUUGGAACUGUUGCAGCUACAAUUUUUUCUUUUCAAAUGGAUAUGUGGAACUUUGCUUGAAUGCAGGAUUAUGCAGUGCAUAGUGAAAUACUUAUGUGGAGUUAUUGUUUUGUACGUUCUUUGAAUAUUUGUUCAGGAUACAGGACACCUGUAUGCUGCAAACUGUUUCUAGCAGUGAUGGAAUCUAGAUCAGGUGCAAACUUUUUUGAAUUGGCUUCUGGGGACCUACUUGAUAUCCCUCAAACUCCAAGAGCUCUUCCCAGGGUGAUGACUGCACCUGGAAUUAUAUCCGACUUGGAUGGGGAUUUGGAUGUGACCUCACCAGUUUGUCGUGAGAGGCAAAUUAUAGUCGCAAAUAUGCUACCUUUGCAUGCUCAAAGGGACGUUGAAACUGCCAAAUGGUGCUUCAGCUGGGAUGAGGAUUCACUUCUAUUGCAACUGAAGGAUGGAUUGUCACUUGAGACUGAGGUGGUAUAUGUGGGUUCUCUCAAGGUUGAAGUGGAUGUCAGUGAACAAGAAGAAAUUGCCCAGAAACUUCUUGAGAAUUUCAAUUGUGUCCCCACCUUCGUUCCACAUGAACUUCAUGAAAAAUUCUAUCAUGGUUUUUGCAAACAGCAACUAUGGCCUCUUUUCCAUUACAUGCUACCUAUGUGCUCUGACCACGGUGACCGUUUUGACCGUCUACUUUGGCAGGCUUACGUAUCCGUAAACAAAAUAUUUGCGGAUAAAGUUAUGGAAGUAAUUAAUCCGGAAGAAGAUUAUGUUUGGGUUAAUGAUUAUCACUUCAUGGUUCUCCCUACAUUCUUGAGGAAGCGCUACUAUCGAGUCAAGCUAGGAUUCUUUCUCCACAGUCCUUUCCCUUCAUCUGAAAUAUAUCGAACUCUUCCAGUUAGAGAUGAAAUUCUUAGAGGGUUGCUGAACUGUGAUCUGAUUGGGUUUCACACGUUUGAUUAUGCGCGCCACUUUCUGUCAUGCUGCAGUAGAAUGUUGGGUCUGAACUAUGAAUCAAAGCGUGGAUACAUUGGGCUUGAUUAUUUUGGUCGAACUGUGUACAUUAAAAUUCUGCCCGUGGGUAUUCAUAUGGGUCGACUUCAAUCUGUGUUGAAUCUUUCCUCUACGGCUGUCCGAGUCAGAGAGAUUCAGGAACAGUUUAAGGGGAAAAAGGUGAUUCUUGGCAUUGAUGACAUGGACAUAUUUAAAGGGAUCAGUCUGAAACUCCUAGCUUUUGAACAACUCUUGCAACGGUAUCCGGAUUUGCAGGGUGAAUUAGUCUUAAUCCAAAUAGUAAACCCUGCUAGGAGCUCAGGAAAGGAUGUACAAGAAGCGAAGAGAGAGACAUAUUUGACUUCCGGGAGGAUUAACAAUAUGUAUGGCUCCCCUGGAUAUCAACCAGUCAUUCUGAUUGAUCGUCCUGUUGCCCGUUACGAAAAGACAGCAUACUAUGGUUUGGCUGAAUGUUGUAUCGUGAGCGCAGUGAGGGAUGGGAUGAACUUGGUUCCUUACAAGUAUAUUGUUUGCCGACAGGGUUCUCCAAGUAUGGACAAAGCCAUGGGUAUCAAAACAGAUUCCCCUCGCACAAGCAUGCUUGUUGUGUCCGAGUUCAUAGGGUGCUCGCCUUCCUUAAGUGGAGCAAUAAGGGUUAACCCAUGGGAUAUUGAUUCCGUGGCUGAGGCUAUGAAUCUGGCAAUCACAAUGCCCGAUUCUGAGAAACGCUUGCGGCAUGAGAAACAUUAUCGAUAUGUUAGUUCUCACGAUGUAGCGUAUUGGGCUCGCAGUUUUGUGCAAGAUUUGGAGAGAGCAUGCAAAGAUCACUACAGUAAGCGCUGCUGGGGAAUUGGUUUAGGUCUGGGGUUUAGAGUUGUUUCGCUCUCUCCAAAUUUCAGAAAGUUGUCAAUUGAUCACAUUGUCUCAACGUAUAAAAGGACCAAUAGAAGGGCUAUUUUUCUGGACUAUGAUGGUACGAUUGUCCCCCAGAGUUCUAUUGUUAAAAGCCUGAGCCCUGACGUUGUGGCUGUUCUGAAUGUUCUGUGCAAUGAUCCAAAGAACACUGUCUUUAUUGUUAGUGGGAGGGGAAGAAGUUCGCUGAUUGAGUGGCUUGCUCCCUGUGAGAGGCUGGGAAUUGCUGCUGAACAUGGGUUCUUCAUAAAAUGGAGUAAGAACACAGACUGGGAAUCCAGUCCCUUGACUGCACACCUCGAGUGGAAGCAAAUUGUGGAACCGGUUAUGAAAUCAUACAGAGAGGCAACUGAUGGCUCUAACAUAGAAAUUAAAGAGAGCGCUCUAGUAUGGCACCAUCAGGAUGCUGAUCCUGACUUCGGAUCCUGCCAAGCUAAGGAAUUGUUGGAUCAUUUGGAAAGUGUGCUUUCUAAUGAACCUGCAGUUGUCAACAGGGGUCACCAUAUUGUUGAAGUCAAGCCACAAGGAGUAAGCAAAGGGUUGGUUGCAGAGAAGGUUAUCUCAACAAUGGUUAAAAAUGGGGAACCACCGGAUUUUUUGAUGUGCAUUGGGGACGAUAGGUCAGAUGAAGACAUGUUUGAGAGCAUAUCAAGCACAGUCUCUUGUCCUUCCUUUCCGGUAGCUCCCGAGAUAUUUGCUUGCACUGUUGGGAAAAAGCCAAGCAAGGCCAAGUAUUAUCUUGACGAUUCAGCUGAUGUAGUUAGACUACUUUGUGGCCUCGCUAAUGCUUCUUGUCCGAAACCCACGCGUGUUGCUCAUUUCCAAGUUUCAAUGGAGAAUCCGUUUUGAGAUGAAUGGAGUGAUGGUAUCUAGUCGUGUUUGGUUUUGGAGAUCUAUUUCUCCCGAUUGGUAAGUUGGUUUGGCCUUUUCGAUCUGAAUUCAACUGAUGAACCUUUCGGACACAAGAAGGGUAGAAGGGCAAGGUUUUGUGACACCAGAAUCGCCGGUGUUUGGAGGCUUAUGGGCAAAAAUCCCAUUUCCCGGAGUACAGUUUUGCGGAUGCUUACAAUCGCUGCCCUUGAUGAUUUGAAGGUAGCAUUAUCUGUAUAGGUACAAUGAUUUUACUUCUCUUACAUGACAUGUCAGUUUGAUUAAAACUUUCUAUCGGUCCAUGUGAACUUUGCUAAUUAUAUCAGAGUAUUAUUCCAUUCUUCAAACGGAUGAAGACCGGCUGUCAUCUGUUUAUCCGAACGCCUUUGUGUAUAUUGAUUUCCUCCCAUUCUUAUGCAAUGGGUUAAAUUCUGGAGAGAUGUUUCCUUUU